ACCAGCUCGCCGGCAGCCUCAGCUCGCUCGCGCACAUCGUCGUGAAAGUCAGAGAAUGGCGGACAUUGAGGUGUCCAGGGCGUCGAAGCGGCUGUCCCCGAAGCGCAGCGGCAGCUUCAAGCUGAGCCUGCCCGGGCUGCUCUGCGGCCAGUGCAAGGCCGCGGCGGUGUCGUCGCCGCCGGACUCCCCCACGGGCGGCGGCGGGUCCGGCGCGCGGUCGCGGUCGUCGUCGUCCGCGUCGGCGUCGGCGUCGUCCUCGGGCACGUCCCGCGGGCGCGACCGCAUGGCGGAGCUCCGCGAGAUCUUCCGCCACUUCGACCGUGACAUGGACGGGCGCAUCUCGGGGCGGGAGCUGCGCGAGUUCUUCGCGUCCAUGGGCGACGGCGGGCUGGCCGCGCUCGGGCAGGGGCUGGGGCUGGACGGCGCCGGCGGGGACCUGAUGCUGGGGUUCGACGACUUCGUGCGCAUCGUGGAGAGCAAGGGCGGCGAGGAGGAGGAGCGCGAGGACCUGCGCCGCGCCUUCGAGGCGUUCGAGGCCGUCAAGGGGUCCGGCCGGAUCACGCCCCGGGGGCUGCAGCGCGUGCUCAGCCAGCUGGGCGACGAGCCCUCCGUGGCCGAGUGCGAGGCCAUGAUCCGCGCCUACGACGACGACGGCGACGGCGAGCUCGACUUCCACGACUUCCACCGCAUGAUGAGCCAGGACUAGGACUACUACUUUUUUUCUCUCUCUUGGUUCGUUCGCCUUUGCCCUUCGAGUCCUGAUUCGUGUGUUGCCUGUAAACCGUUCUUCAGUUGGGUUGGGUCGCCUGCGUGCGCGCGCGUACGCGGCGUGACUUUGGGACGUGCCGGCUGUGUGUGUGAUUGGAGAGUCUGGUGCGUGUGUUAAGAGUGUUCUGGAAGUUGUCACGUGCUGCGUGCA